CAUCGAGGCCGCCGCAGCUCACUUCGCUUCGCUCUCCUUCCCCCCUCGAAACCGAAGCAAAUCCGGCGAGGCGAAGCGGCGGCGCCGGAGGAGGAGGGAGGACCCGGCGGCGCGAGGAGGAAGAAGGGGAGGCAGCAGAGAUGGAUCCGGACGCAGUGAAGUCGACGCUCUCCAACCUGGCCUUCGGCAACGUCAUCGCCGCCGCCGCCCGCGACCUCCAGAAGGAAAUGGUCGCUAAAGAUAAGGCUCAAGCAGCACCUGCCAGCCAUGAUGAAGUUGAUCUUGAUGAAUUGUUGGAUGAUCCAGAACUUGAGAAGUUGCAUGCGGAGAGAAUUGCUGCUUUGAAGAAAGAGGCUGAGAAGCGUGAAGUGCUGAAAAGGCAAGGUCACGGUGAAUACAGGGAAAUAACUGAAGGUGACUUCCUUGGGGAGGUUACUGGCAGUGAAAAGGUUAUAUGUCAUUUCUACCACCGUGAAUUUUACCGUUGCAAGAUCAUGGAUAAGCAUUUAAAGGCCCUUGCUCCAGUCUAUGUGGGAACGAAAUUCGUCAAACUUGAUGCUGAAAAUGCUCCGUUCUUUGUGUCCAAACUGGCAAUCAAAACAUUGCCCUGUGUCAUAUUGUUCAAGAAGGGUAUUGCCGUUGACCGGUUAGUCGGAUUUCAAGACCUUGGGAGUAAAGAUGACUUCUCGACCAGAGCUUUGGAAAAUAUUCUCAAGAUGAAAGGUAUAAUCGAUGAGAAGAAGAAAGAAGAUGAAGACGAAGAUGAUGAAAGUGAGUCCAAGAACCGGCGGAUUAGAUCUUCAACCGCUCAAGACUCAGACUCAGACUGAGGAUGAAAUGAGAUUGCACCAUUUUGUAACUUUUAGCUUGCGUUUGGUCGUUCUGUAAUGUAAUCCUCAAAAUCUCUUUGUGAUUUAUUCAAACCGUGUUGUAUCAAUACCAGUUACCAGAAGAAGAGAGUUGGUGAUGCUUUGGCUGCAUGUAGAAGUGAAAUUUUUGUACCAACUCAACAUCCAUUUUGUGUAAGCUCGAAAUUGUGGAAAUUCUACCGCUGGUGUAGGGCCCACAUGUCAGUGGACUUGCUCUA